GGUUACUUUUGAAAACAUUGUCUGAAUUUCCUCAGGGAAAGCACUUAAUUAAAAUGAAAGCAACCACAGUUCUUCCAAAAUAUGCUAGCUUGAUUUCCAACAUAAUUUGUAAAUUGCUUAACUCUCCUAGAUUAACAUCAAGGACUUCACUGGUACAGAAACAUGACCCUUUAAACAUAUGUUCCUUUCCAGGCAUGACUGGUUAGAGGUUUCAUAUUGCAGAAAGUAUCUGAACAGUCACGUAUGGAUAUUUUGUAGUUAUAAAUAUUUGACCAAUCUCCAAGGAUGGAGUUUCACACCCUGCUUUGAAUAUUGCUCAGGCCAGUUGUCGAUCUGACUUCUUGAUCUAGAGGCAGAAUUGUUCCCCUAGGAUCUGAACAGUCUUUGUGGAGAACAUAUAUUCUUUGGUUCCUGUAGACCUGACUAGAGACAAGCAAAAUGGAUCACCAUGAAGUUAUCUCAGAGACUGACAGAAUUCACCAAAAUCGCCUGUCAAAUGUCACAGAAGACGAAGAAGAACAAGACCCUGCAUUUACAAUCGUGAGGGUCCUAGAUAAAGUGGCCAACAUUGUGGACAGCGUACAGGCAAGUCAGAAAAGAAUAGAGGAACGGCACAGAGACAUGGAAAAUGCUAUCAAGACAGUACAGAUUGAUAUUUUAAAGCUUGCCCAGGCUCAUGGCAAUACAAGCUACACAGUUAACAAGUUGCUUGAGAAGACCCGCAAGGUUAGUUCCAAAGUUAAAGAAGUAAAAGCACGUGUGGAAAAGCAGGGUGAUAAUGUGCAAAAAGUUGAAGCCAAGCAAGAGGAGAUGCUGAGAAAAAACAAGUUUCGGGUUGUAAUUUACCAGGAGGAGACAGAAUGUCCUUCCUCUCUAUCUGUUAUCAAAGAGAGGACAAGAAGUGAAAAUCUAGAUGAUGAUAUCUUUGUACUUGAUGAUCUAUCUUCUGAUGAAGAAUAUUACAUAGAAGAAAGCAGAGCAUCCCGGUUCAAAAAAUCAGGCAUGAAGGGCAUAGAUAAUAUCAAAAAGGCAUUUUCAAGGGAAAAUAUGCAGAAAACCAGACAAAAUUUUGGCAAGAAGGUGAACAGGCUUCAAAGCAGAAUAGUGACGCCAGAGAGGAGAGAGAGAAUUCGGCAGUCAGGAGAGAAGCUAAAACAAUCUGGGCUAAGAUUCAAGAAAACAAUUUCACAAGCAGCUCCGACUAAGGAGACCUUCAAGAUCAAUAAGAAAAACAAAGAACGAACAGUAGCUGAAGGUCAGGAAGAAGCCCAGGCAAUUGGGGGACAUGCACCUGCUGAGAGUGGGGCAGCGGAGCCCGUCACAGAAGAAAUCUCCUACACAGAAGUGAUUACUAAAGUAAAGAAAGACAAAGGCAGUGGAACAAAACGUGAGUCCCAGCCAGCAGAAAAAGGUGUGGUCGCCCCUGAAACAACAGUUCUUAAACAGGAGACAAAAGAAGAAGGGGCAGAUGAUGUUCCUCUGCUGGACUUAAAGCAAUCGGUAUAAAUGGUCAAGUAACGUCUACUGUAUUAUUGCCAUUGUAACUGAGAAGUUGGGGUACCUGUUCAUUAGGGCUUUUAAGCAUAAUGUGUGAUAUUUUGUUGUUAGGUAAGAACAAUGUAUCAAUGGUGCUCUAUCAUUUAUCCAUGCAUUAGCCAAUAUAUUAAAAUACUUAUCAUUAAGUCAUAUAAAUAGAAUUAAGAGUUUCCCCUCUCCUUCACUGAUAUGUAUGUGUAACUCCUAUUGAUGCGAAAGGGAGUUACACGUGUAUGUCUCUGCAGUAGUGUAACAAUGGGUGAGCAAAUGGGGUGAGCAAAUGGGCCCUAGGUGCUGCCUAAGACAGGGGCUUGGAGACUAUGCCAGAAUGGAGCCGGGGGGCAGAGGGGGCACUCAGCUUCCCAACUCCCCACCAUCUGCCUGCACCCUGCAAUGACUCCAGGUCCAACAACGGACAGGGCAGAGCUGUACAUAGUACACAAGUGCUGCCCAGUUACCCCUGUGCAUCACAGGGAGAAAACCCCCUUAUAUUUUUAAAAGCAAAUUAUAAUUUACACAACAGCCUUUUUCUAUCUUCAAUCUUAUGCAGACCAUGUCAUCUCCAGCUCUUUCAGGGAAACUCCUCUAGCUGAACUGCACGUUGUAACCAAACUGCAAUUUUCUGUUAGCAAAGAGACUACAUGACUUGCUACUGCUGUGCGCUUCUCUUUUUGGGGCCCAGUUGAAAAAGCAGACAGAAAUUCUUCAUUUCAAGGGAGGUAAAACAAAAAGGGAGCAGAGAUGCUAGGCUUGUGAGGACUGUGAGGUUGAGACCAACCCCAGCUUCCUCAGCGGCGAAAAGAUGACUCGGAAGUGACUACAGGAUUUGCAGAAUUCUGGGAGUGAAGAGGGGAAAGUGAUUGAGGAAGCCGAGAGAUGAACUUUCUGCAGUAACAGGAGGUUAAAAAAUGAUGUGGCAAAUUGAACAUGGAAAUAUCAAAAGGAUGGAGAGAAUUCAAGUAGAAUAUCUGUAUUAUGCAAAGUUUAAUACAGGGUGUAUAGUGCAGUUCGAGGAAGGCAAUGGUAUAAGCAAAACACGAUUAAAUGUGCAGAUACUGAGUCAUAGCUGGAAAAACCAAGCAUGGAGGAACUAAAAUGGAUUUUGAAAAAAAAGCAGGUCUUGUUCACCUUCUCAGGGCCUGAACCAUUUUAUAUUUAUGCCUCUUCUCCAUUCAUAUCCUUUUAAAACCAGUUUAAGAUUUGUGAGGAAUAAACCAGUUUUUAAGGUCCUUGCUGAGGCAAAAUUAAUAUUUUGUUUUCCUCUUCCUGCAGUUUGCUGAGCCUCAGCAAUUAAAAUCAAUUCUGCAAAAAACUAGUGUAACACAAGUCAAUCCAUAUCCUAGUGCUCUAUUUCUUUCUCAUCACCAUUGACCAGUCAUAGCCAAAGGGGUUAUGAGACAGACACCAUUUCCAAACAUGAAAUGUCAUGUGUCUGGUGCAUUGAGGAAGCAAGAAUGAAUCUAUGCCCUGAAAUAAGAUGUGUGUGUAACACCACUGCCCUUGCUGAAUAAUCAGCCCAUUCAUGCUUAAAUUGACUUGUCUUCUCAGCAUUUAUGUAAAAUCAAAUUUACAAAAUUAGAUAUUAACAAUUGUGUGAUGCAUAUACAGUAUUGACAACAGCUGUAAGCAUGUACGUCAUGUCCAAGGUCCCAUUUUGACAGCAAAUAACAGCUCAGUUAUCUAGGGGACAUUGCCUUAACUUUUAAAGCUGUCACUAAAACAGAGCCAGUUUGAUUUCCAAUAUUUUGCCUGGCAGUCGUUUCAUUUGGUCUUUAGUACCUAGACUGAGUGAAGAAUUAACUAUAACAGAAACUAUGAAACACUAGCCAUACAGGGUUAAUAAUGUACUGUGUAAAUGACAUCUCAAACACUUCCAAUCAGAUUAACAUUGCCAGUUUGAGACAACUGACUUAAUUGCAUUGGGAGGCAAAACAGGAGGACUGCAAGGGAGAAAGAAAUUAUCUUAAAAUAUAAUUAUACACUUUACCCUAAUUGCUAUCAAAAAUAAAAAGCUUCAAGUAUUUCUUGCUGUUACAAAAGAAACUCUUUGAAGCUCAUGGAGUUGUGUAAUAUUUUUCUUGCUCUUUAUCACACUAUAAAUAUCAUAGAUUGCAUGGAGAAUCAGGUUGACUGUUUAUGUUAUUUGGUCAGUGUACUGUUAUGCAUGGUUUGAGAUUUUUCUUAGAUUGGUAAAGAGUGAUUGGUUACUGAAAUAAAAAGCCCUGUAGAAACUCAUUCUGUUUCUUUUAUACAUAUUACAAGCUAUCAGAUGACACAUAUUACUUCAAUAUACAAAUGAUUUCCACGGUUGCUUGCUGGAAACUAAGUGCUGCAAUGGAACAGUCGGUAGCUUUUCUAAUUUUAUUUUCACUUGACAAAGAAAAGGGCUGACAAUUGGCAUGGGGAUUUUAUUAAAACAUCACAUGUAAAUUCUAUCAAGUCUAUUUUAAAAUAAAAUUUGUACAUCAUCACAUCUAAAGACUGAUUAGAAAAUGAUUUGCUUGCAGGCUCAAAUGAUACCCUUCAUUUCAGCCAUGUAUUAUGAAUGUUUCUUUGUUUGCUUCUGCUGCUUAUUAGGCUAUCAAGGUUAAUUUGA